AUGGGGACGCUCCGAAUGUCGGCAGCUGCCGGGUAACAUGGUUACAUGUCAGAGAGUAACACUUGAUCAUGGAACAUGGACUAAGGAGAAGGCGUCCGAGUCAGCUGCAGGAGCAGCAUCAGCCGCAGCCGCCUGGAGAGGCUCCGGUGCAAUGAAUCCUCUCGCGAUCGGAUUCUGCUUCUAUAAGAAACAAGCCCUCCACCACCUGCUUGGUGGCUGCUAACAAGCGAUUUCAUGUCAGCCUCAUUCAUUUGGCGGGAGCAGGGAACAGAAUGGAGGAGGCUUGCUUGACGGGACACUGACCAGGGUCUGUCUUCUGUCGGACUACUGGUUGCUUGAGAGCUCACAAUGACUGGCUCUGGCUCCAAAGCUUCCCACAAUUCCCACCCCAAGGGAGACAAAGGAGGCCGUUCCAGAAGCUCCCACACUCGGACGCUCAGUACUGCCAACAACGGAGGCUCAGAAGAGGAGGACAAAGAUGGAGGAGCAGUAUUCCUUGUCAACAAAAGUGGUUUUCCAAUUGAUGGGCAGACCUGGGAGAGAAUGUGGGGGCAUGUGGCGAAGGUCCACCCUUCGGGCAGAGAGAUGGUGGAAACUAUAAGGAGUGCUACUUUGCUUACAAAACCUUCUGUGCCGUCGGUGCCAAAUUACAAGGCUUCCAUGACGAUCCCAGACUGGCUUCAGGCAAUACAGAAUUACAUGAAGAUGCUGCAAUAUAACCAUACGGGAACUCAAUUCUUUGAAAUUAGGAAAACAAGACCUCUAAGUGGGCUAAUGGAAUCAGCAAAAGAAAUGACCAGGGAGUCUUUGCCAAUCAAAUGCCUUGAAGCAGUUAUCCUAGGGAUAUACUUAACCAAUGGGCAGUCUUCUGUGGAACGAUUCCCAAUCAGCUUUAAAUCCCACUUCUCAGGGAGCAAUUUUCAUCACGUGGUGCUUGGAAUUUAUUUCAAUGGCCGAUAUGGAUCAAUGGGCAUGAGCCGAAGGUCGGAGUUGAUGGACAAGCCCUUAAUCUACCGAACUCUGAGUGACCUCAUCUUUGAAUUUGAAGACUCCUAUAAAAAGUACUUACACUCUGUUAAAAAAGUGAAGAUUGGAUUGUAUGUCCCUCAUGAGCCUCAUAGUUUUCAGCCCAUCGAAUGGAAGCAGUUGGUGCUUAAUAUGUCAAAGAUGAUGCGGACAGAGAUAAGGAAGGAGUUGGAGAAAUAUGCCAGGGACAUGAGGAUGAAGAUUUUGAAGCCUGCAAGUGCCCAUUCUCCAGUCAAGCAGAGAUCCCGAGGAAAGUCCUUGUCUCCUCGACGAAGACAAGCCAGCCCUCAGAGGCGGACCUGUCGAAGAGACAAAUCGCCAGCUGUUUUGGAUAAAAACGUGGGUGACCUUUCUACGUUGAAUGAAGUCGGUUACCAGCUACGCAUCUGAGAAAACCAGAGGCCAAACCACGUGGCUUCUGGAGCGUUUCUUGCCGCACUUUACCCUGUGAUACGUGGGGGGUGGGGGUGGGGAGCUAUGACUAUUUAUUAUGAACAUGUAAGGUUUUUAUUUAUGAUUUCACCAGGAAAGUAGGAAUCCUAGAAGUGACUAUGGUGGUAUUUUUGCUUUUGUUUUUGUUUUAUUUUUCAAUUCAGGAAGUGGAAUCAAGGAAAAGAGAAAUUAGAAACCGUUUUCAGCUGUGAUAAUACUGUUACUCUCCAUCAAGUUGAAAAAUGUGUGUGUGGGGGGUGACACUAGUGUGGCUUGGUUUUAUUUUGGAUGGAAAUUACUGUUUCUGUGGUGGCUCUCUUUUCUGUUGGCUUGGAGCAUUGUGUGGUGUUGUAGGAAUUAGGAAAGACAAUGCUGGAAGUAUUUUUCUCCAUGGUAUUUAAAAUUGCUGGGCAAGGGGGGUGGUAAGCUGCAGUCAGAAAAAGCAUGGCCUGGCAUCAACUUUGGUUGUCCGAGUCCCAUUGAAAAGAAUGAAGUUUGCAACUCUACGAUCCCUUUCAGUGGAGCUUGACAUAACAGAAAUUGCUGCCGGACCUCAUUUAAUGUGACAUUCAGCAAUAAAAUAGCAAGUGUUUAUGUGAUUGGGGUUUCUUUUUUUCCUUCCUUCUUCAAAAUAUCAACAUUACCUCAAGAAUCUUUACUACAAAUAUGCAAAACUAACAGUAUUUUGAUUUUGUAAUGGAUUUGUACUAUGUUCCCAGUUUUUCUGGUAGCAGAGCCCACCCCUUCUGCCUUAUGUGCAUGUGUACAGUGAAGGAAUUUCAAGUAUUAUGAUAAGGAGGUGUCUCUUUAAAAGCACUGAAGCCUUCUGUUAAGGAUUGAACAAACUGUUGAAGUUAAUUGUCUACCUUAAAAAAAACCCAGAUUCAAUAAUGAUUUCAAAAGAAGCAAAUAGCUAACCUUUUGCAGUAUUUUGUCACAUAGUCUUAACCUCCAUGAUCAAAGCACAAGUGGUUCUGGUGUGAAUCCAUGUGGUCUUUUGUAUAAAACAAGCCCAGAGUCUGCCAGUACUAAUUCUGUUCUCUUUAUGUUACCAGUGCUUCACAUGUAUAAUAGGCAUUCUCCAUUCUGCUUUGAGAGCAUUCUCCAGAGUAGAAAAGAAGGAAACUUUUGGAUCAUACUGAAGACUAGUUUUUAUUGUUUUGUACAGAUGUCGUAAAAGUCAAUUUGUGUGUUUAAUCCUUUAAAACAAUACCAGAAUCUUAAUAAUGCACUAUUCUUUAUGUAGUGCAGAUGUCUUGACAUCUUUUAUCAUAAUCAAAUAUUCCACUUGAAUUUACAGUCAAUGUGCUUGGAGAAAACAACCAUCUAUAGACAUUGCAUUCACAUCAAAAUGAAUAAAUAAAUCCAAGGAAGUAUCUUCACAAUGCAACAAGGAUAUGUUAUUUUGGAUAAAAGAUAAAUAACACUAGCUUGUUCAUUGGGAAUGGGGGGAAGCUGCUGGAUAACUGUGAAUUGAUGCAGAUCUAACACUAGUUACCACAUCUGGAUUGCAAAAUCUGGAUGGCCAUCAGAUGGCUUCAAACUGAUGUUGUUUGAUGCCAUCUAAUGGUCAUCUAGAUUUCUGUAACCCAGAUAUGAUAAUCUUAUCCCCUUCACUUAUUCUUAUUGUAAUCUGGUAAAUAAGUAAAGAGACAAGUAGGCAGGAGCAUAGUAGCUCAACGUAACCCACUAGUUUUGCUACAAAUAUCCCAAAGCAAUUUUAAUUUAAUGCAACCAGGUUCCCUCAAAAUAUAACUUCCUAUCUACUCCUAACCAUAAGUACAAGAGAUCAGAGUGGUAUGUGAGUGCAUUUCUCAACUAGCAACUCAUAAUGUCUUCUAGAAUUGGCCAUCCCUUGUGCCAAAUUAACAGCAAUAAGGACAAGACUUUCUAUUAUUUCUGUGCUGGUUGCUAUGAAGACAAGCGAAGAGCAACUAGCAUGAAAAUAGUUAGGUCUGGGUGAGAAUAGAGGGACUUCAUAUUCAUAGACAAAGCCAUAUCCAGCACAUGAUAACUACCCUGAUAAAAGUGAAUGGAGCAAAAGAAUAGUUCUCAUGUAGUAGAAAAACUGGAUCUCAUAUUUCAGCUUUGAAAUUGAGUUCGUGGUAAGUUUUAACUUACUGAUAACCUAAAGCAAUUUUUAAUGUAAGUGUUUUGAAUCAAUUGAAGAAAAAAUGCUAAUUUAAAAAAUAGCAUUUUUUUGUAAUCAAUGCCUAUCUAUUAUGAAAUCCCUAAAAGGUGAUUUUGUUUUUUUAAAUUGAUGUUUCUUAUAUAUUUGAAGUGUUUGAGGCAUAAACCUUUAUGGAAUUCGCUUGCACCAGUUCUUUUAAGAUUAAUAGGAAUGAUGCAGAAAAAGAUGACCAGAUUUUAGCUAUCUUUCCAAACCCGUUUCAUCCUUUGUAUCCAAGACCAUGGUUUUCCUUCUGUACACAUACAUUCUAGAGCAACAUGUAUCUAUCUUUUUUUUUUAAUCUUAAAAAGUGUGAAUUUGGUGACUAAGCUUGUAUUGUCAUUACUUUGUCAAAUGGGAUUCUGUUUCAAAUACGAAGCAUGCAUGAUUUUUUCUUAUCACAUGUAUGUUUUGUGCAGCAUGAAACUUUAAUAAAAUGU